UUGUGUUGCAUAAUUCGGAAAGCGCUGAAGAACAUAUUCUGGGUCGAACGACAUGAGUAUGAUGGGCCUCAAUUGUCCGUAGGCCAUAUGAGUUGGUGAAUACACCAAGAUUCGCUCAUCCAUAGACCAUUCGAUCCCUUGAACAGGCUGGAUGGGGUUGACAACGCCUUGGAGCUGAGCCAAGUCACUAUUGUAGUGGCAUGUUUCUUGGUCUCGUGGCCAUAUAUUGACUGACGGUUCUCGUUUCUUGGGCUGUACUCUGAGCUGUAACAUCGAGUCAGGGCUGUAAGCCUCAGAAACAAGGUCGAUGAAAGCAUCGCACGAUGGGUUGUAUGAACGCACAAAGCAUUCUUGGAGGGUGUAUGCUGUGGCAUCAGAUGGGCCGUCACCAAUGUGGAUUGUCUCAUUCGAUCGUUCUUCAAUAUGAUCCUCGCUACUCCAUUCAUCGUCUUCGAGGCUAUCCACGGUCGAAUCUGGCGGAGUGGGCAGAGAAGGCUCUGGCUGAGGGGCUUCUUCUUGUUUGUCAAAGUGAAGCUCCUUUUUGUAGCAUGUCCUCUGGCUGCCUGCAUUUACCGGGAACCACUCCUUUCGAGUCUCGACAAUGAAGAGAUUGCCUGUUCUCUCGUCUUUAGCAAGCUGUAAUGAAGUCCAACGCUCGUCAACUGCGCCCUCUGAGUCAUGGAGACGCCAGAGGUUACGCAUCAGAGGCUUCUCGCAUUUGUCAUGGACCGCGUUGUCCACAGGGAACCUCACAACUUGGUAGAAGUUAUUGCGCAUUCCAUCAUCGGCUUCUGUUCUGAACGUGUUCGAAACACAGUAAAAUUGACCAUCGAUGAUUUCAAAGCAGAUGUCAGACCCUAUACUUUCCCCGUCGAGGUCCCAUAGAAUCAGCUGUGGAUCUGACCACUUGCGAGUCUGGAGAUUGAGGCAAUGAAUACCCCAUCUGUAGCUACCGUCUAGUCUGGCAUGUGAUUUUGAACCCCAGAACAGGUAAUUCUUGUCAUUGCGUACAAAUAGCGGGUGUCUUGAACACGGCCUUUGUACGACAACCCAUGUGGGAGAUUCUCUGAGCUCGAAGAUGACAAGCCAAUUGCUCGUGGUGGAGUCUUCGAGAACUUGAGUGGCAAGACAUGAUAAGACGCCCUCGGCGUAGUAAAGGGGUUCAAAUGUAUGCGGUCUUCGAGGAUCGUAAUCUCUUACUGCGAGCUUGAGGAGUAGCGGAACAUCGACUAUCCUUUCAGACGUGGACUUUUUGUCGAGUGUGCUGAGGACACGGAGAUGGUUGCUAUUAACAGUGUAGCACAAGUGUCCAUUUGUAUAAAUGAAACGAUCUGCCAUGGCAACUAUAGCAACCAUCCAUGGCUCCGCUGCCUGGACAGCCAUUCGCCGCUUAGCAAGCUUACGGAAUGACCUUGGGAAGUCCUUGGUAGACUGCGCCUCCUGAGCCUCUGCGGAAUACGGUGCCUUCUGAGAUGUUGUCAGCGGGGACUAUCUCACUAAGACAAGAGGCUGGGACGAACCAAGAGUGCAAGACGACACAUUCGUCUAUCGUAGAGAAUGUAGGUCAAAGAUUUGCAGGAUAGAGCCAAGUUGAACACAUCUUCAACGUUGAGUAACUCAACAAGAAGAGAAACAAUCUCGACAGGUAGUUUGAGAAUGCUCAUGGCGAUGCUGCGAGGAGAGAGCGAGGAGACAAGAUCCUGUUGAGCGGCGUGGGUUCAUGUUCACAAGUGAGAGGAUACACCGAGCUGUAUACAAGAUACGACGCUAUUCACAGCGCCCCGGUCGUUAUAAAGUCCCUCAUGAGACGAGAAGAGGGGAGCAGAGCCGCAAGAGUCCUCGAGUUCCGAGUCAAGAUUCACAGCCUUAUCGCGUCCAAGGAGCCUACCCCCGCUCCGAGGAAUGCCAACGAAUUCGUGGACGCCCCAUAUCUUUGUUCUCAAAUUCGAUUAGUCGAAAAGGAGCAAUCAUAGCGAGUUGGAAAUUCGUGGUUGGUUGGUGUUUGGGUCAAGAGCAAGUUUCGCAGAGAAUGAGGCUCUUUUUAGCUGACGAUCGCUUAGAAGAGUCUAAGCUCGCGUGCUACAUUUUUCGAGAAUAGUGUCACUGCUUUUUUCUUCUUCUUUUUUCUAUUUAGAUCAAGGUGACCAAAGCUUGACCUCGAUAGGCAACUCCUCGACGUCACGAGGAUAUCGAGGUGGUGUAGAGUCUAGGUUACGCAUGUGUCUUCAGAGUCCGUCAAUA